AUGUUCGCUGAAUUAAAUGUAAUUCUUUUACUCGUAAGCCGUGUUUAUUCUGUGCAAGUGAUAGUAUCUGAAGGCAUUUUAGAUGGCGAAAUAAAUUAUAAUUAUGGAGAUGCCUAUUACAAUUUUCAAGGGAUACCAUAUGCUCAGCCACCCGUAGGGGACUUAAGAUUCAAGCCACCGCAACCAGCCAAGCCGUGGUACGGAAUUAGACAAGCUAAAAAACCAGGCAAUGUUUGCUUUCAUUACGAUACAUCACCAAUAGGAUAUGAAGAUUGUCUAUAUCUUAAUGUCUUUACACCAAACAUCUCUACAAAACGACCCUACGCCGUCAUGGUUUGGAUUCAUGGAGGAGGCUUUACAAGAGGCAGUGGAAAUGAAUAUCAACCAGAUUUCCUCAUAAGGAAAGACGUUAUUUUAGUCACUCUCAAUUACAGAUUACAAAUACUAGGUUUUCUUAGCCUCGGAACAAAAGAUAUUUCAGGAAACAUGGGCCUAAAAGACCAAGUAGCAGCGAUUAAAUGGGUAAACAAUAAUAUAAAACACUUUGGAGGAGAUCCGGACAAUGUUACAAUCUUUGGACAAAGUGCGGGGGCAGUAAGUGUUUCAUACCAUUUAAUCUCGCCCAUGACGAAAGGGCUUUUUAAAAGGGCUAUAACGCAAAGUGGCACCGCACAUGGUUGGUGGCCAAGGUCAUUCAGGCCAAGAGAUACUGCUGUUGAAAUGGCUCGCCAAAUGGGGUGCAAUUCCACUGAUGUUGAGGUAGUAUAUACAUUCUUAAAAGCUCAACCUCUCAAAGCGUUCAACAAAUGCGAUAUCUACAUCUCUUUUGCACAAUAUGCUAAAGAAUCACCCAAACUUGUUUUUGGAAUUGUCUCGGAGGAAAACUUUGGUGACGAUGUCUACUUUCAAGGUAACGUUUAUGACGCUUUAAAAGAAGGAAUACACGCAGACGUAGAUAUUUUGAAUGGUUAUACGGCUGAUGAAGGAGUACUCUAUUUUAUGGCUGACACGAAUUUUUCCAAAGUGUUUCAACAAGCUAAUCAGUUUUUAGAGUUUUUUGUUCCAGAACCGUUGGCGCUAAAUGUUCCUUUACUCGAACAAAUGAUUAUUGGGAAAGCAAUGAAAUAUUAUUACCUCAAAGAUGCUGUAGUAUCGAAAGAGAAUAUAGAUAAAAUGCUUAUGUAUAUCAAUUUUGAUAUGACUAUUUAUAGUACAUUAUUAUGGCAGAAAUUUGUGGCUAAGAGGAAUAAAAAUAUAAAUUAUUUAUAUAAAUUUACAUGUGAAUCAGAAAGAAAUGUUUUUGGUAAUAUCAACAAUGCAAAAAGUCUUUUUCAAAGACAGAUAGUUUCACAUUCUGAUGAUCUCAUGUACUUAUUUCCUAUGAAUUUGGAAUCUGAUAGAAAGUCCGAAACGUUUAAAAUUAUUGAUAGAGUCACUACUCUGUGGACCAACUUUGCAAAGUUUGGAGACCCAACACUAAAUGAAGGCCUUGGUGUUACAUGGUCAUCAUAUACAUUAGAAAGGCAAGUCUAUCUUGAAAUAGGUAAUAAGUUGAAGUUAGGGGCAUAUCCAGAAAGGGAGCAAGAAGAAUUUUGGAAUACCAUAUUUAAGCACUAUUUGCCGCUCGUCUUACCAUAG